UAAUUAUAUCAAUUAAUUUGAACUUGCAUUAAAAAAUCACAAUGAACAUUCAAUUUAUAAUUGUUGGCUUAAUUCUACUCACUACUUAUGCAGAAUGUAUUAUGUGGUUUAUGGAACCUAAUGGACAUAAGUGUUUAAAAGAAGAAAUCCAAGGAAAUGUUUUAGUUAGUGGCGAAUACGAAGUUUCAAUUGCUUCUGGUCAAAAAGUUGAUUUUGUGACUACAGAUUCUAAAGGACAUAUUUUAGCACAGAAAAAUGACGUACAGCAAGGGAAGUUAUCUAAAUUUUCAUUUGUAACUGAAACAUAUGAUACUUUUGAGAUUUGUUUUAUAUCUCAUGUGCCUCAUAACACAAUACAUGGUUUGAAUCAAGAAGUUUUAUUGAAUGUUAAAAAAGGCAUUGAAGCUAAAAGUUAUGAAGGUAUUGGGGAAGCAGCUAAGCUUAAACCUAUUGAAGUUGAAUUAAAACGCUUAGAAGAUCUAUCUGAAGCGAUAGUACAAGAUUUUGCUAGGAUGCGUAAAAAUGAGGAAGAAAUGAGAGACACAAAUGAAGCUACAAAUUCUCGUGUUCUUUACUUUAGUAUAUUUUCGAUGCUGUGUCUACUAUGUUUAGCUACUUGGCAAGUCUUUUAUUUAAGGCGUUUUUUCAGAGCAAAAAAACUUAUUGAAUAAUUCUUAUCACAUAUUGUAAUUAACUGGAGCUGUGCCCAAGUAUUGAAAAACUUGGUUGACUGUUGGUUAUUUCAUAAUGAAUUAUGUAAUAUAAAUCAAUGAAGUGAUUAUAUUUGCAAAAAUCUGAACAAAAUUCAAUAAUAGCAGAUUUACGCAUUAAAUGAAUUUGUUUUUUCAAAAAUAGUCCAUGCAAUCACUUUUUAUAUGAUGUAGUAUCUUAAGUAAAUUGUUGAAAAUAAGAUACAAACUUGUACAGUAAUUUAAAUUACUUCAACUUCAGACGAACCUA